UACAAGGUCACGUGACCCACAGGAGCGCGCAACCGGCGUGCUGGCAGUGCACGCGCCCGGUAAUAGUAAACGACCCUCCCGCGCGAGCGAGCCAUCAUCACUGGCGCGAGGCUCACACGGGCGACACUCUCUUUUACAAAAGGGCGAAUUUGUUUAUUAUUCCCCGGCUGUGAAUAUCAACUUCUCGGGCUUCGUUUGUUGAAGAAACGACAGUUGAGCUGAAUAUACCGUUGGUGUUUUCGGGUGAUGAAUUGAGAAGAAAAGCUGAACUCUUUUUGACCAGUUACCCUGCCCAGUGCGGUACAUGUAUGCAGCUGAGAAAGAGCAACUAUUCCAGGACGAUGUUAUGGAUAAAUGCACGCGACUUAACGCCAAGCUGUGGAUAUGUCAGUGGAUAGUUUGAAUGGACGUUGUCAGACAUACAGCUAAUGCUUUUAUAUCGUAUUCGCAUACAAUUGUUUUCAUCCUAAAUGCGAUUUUAAUUGCUUAUGACAGCAUGCAUCAGGUAUUACAGUGAUGCAACAGCAUUUAUUACAUGUUAACAAGUUGUUCGAGCGCUGUUGGAUCUUAAACUGUUGCAUUGAGGGCUGACAGAAGAAUAGGAUCCCUUUGUCGGCGAUCGUUGGGAAUCUAGGAAGAGGAGGAACGACAAUUUGGGUGUCCUGAAACAAACGACAAUCCAGAUAUACAACCAUGGCAAAUGACUCAAUCCAAAGUGAUCCCGGUGGGUUGUCUGGAUUAGAGCGGCUUGGCUUGGACCACAGCUCUGAUUACUCUGACUCGAGCGUACAACAGCGACUGGAUAAAGAGCGCGAGCGAAUCCGUCGGGAAAUCCGCAAGGAGCUGAAGAUUAAAGAGGGGGCAGAGAAUCUCCGCAGAGCCACUACAGAUAAACGAAAUGCUCAGCAGGUGGACAGCCAGUUGCGCUGCUCAAAUCGGCGUCUGGACUCACUCCAUGCUGAAUUACAAGAACUGGACGCUCAUAUUGUGGUCAAAGGGACCGAUGAUACACACGAUGACGCUCCUCAGUCUCCGGGAGCGGAGAGCAGGUCAUCGGCACACAAGGAGAGAAUUGCUGCUUUGGAAAGGCAGUUAAACAUCGAGCUCAAAGUCAAACAGGGGGCAGAAAACAUGAUCCCCAUUUAUACCAACGGUUCCACCAAGGACAAGAAGAUGUUGCAAACAGCUCAGCAGAUGCUACAGGACAGCAAGACAAAGAUUGACAUCAUCCGCAUGCAGAUCCGGAAAGCAGUGCAGGCCUACGAACACAACGAUGAUACACAGGGAAAGCCUGAUCCAUGUGGUAUGGAGCUACGCAUUGAAGAGCUCAGACACCAUUACCGAGUAGAGCACGCCGUCGCUGAGGGAGCCAAAAACGUCCUUAGACUUCUUGGAGCCAGUAAAGUACAAGACAAGAAGGCCAUGUCAGAGGCUCAGUGUCGUCUGAGUGAAUCGUCGCAAAGGUUGGACCUGCUGCGAGAUUCUUUAGAUCGACGGUUAGCAGAGCUUCCUGAGGAUCAUCCCAAAGCUUCUGUUAUCAAAGAGGAGCUGGUUUUAGCAUCCUCACCAGCCUUCAGCUCUCAACACAGCGCCCCCUACCUGCACAACCAGUACAGCACUCUCUCCAAACCCUCACCCCUCACUGGUCGGCUCCAGGUGACAUUAUUGGGCUGUAUGGGUCUUCUGGAGGUGGUUCCCGGACGCUCUCGUGGUAGCCAGGUGGUUUUACCGUGUUACAGUCCAGGAGAGGGACGAUCAUUCAUGCGCAGUGGAAAAGGCCUGUAUAGUCGCAGUGGCAGCGUUAGUGGAAAAACACCCCUCAAAACCGACGAACUCUCCUCGGAUGUGAGCGCAGUAUUGAAGCUGGACAACACUGUGGUGUGUCAGACGGCAUGGAAGAUGGUUGGAGAACAGGGCUGGGAUCAGACCUUCAUCAUCGAGCUGGAGAGAUCCAGAGAGAUGGAGAUUGCCGUGUACUGGAGAGACUACCGCUCUCUGUGUGCGCUGAAAUUUCUCAAGCUGGAGGAUUUCUUGGACAACCAGAAACACAAAGUACAACUAGAGCUAGAACCACAGGGACUGCUGCUGGCAGAGGUUACUUUCUUUAACCCUGUGAUUGAGAGGGUUCCACGGCUAAAACGGCAGAAGAAUGUUUUCUCCAAGCAGCAGGGUAAAGCAUUUUUGCGAGCUCGACAGAUGAACGUUGAUAUUGGCACAUUCGUGAGGUUACUGAGGAACGCCAUACCAACCGUCAACAACACAGGAACCUACAGCCCUAACGCGCACACUCUACAGACUGGGGAGAUAUCAGUGGAGAAGUUGAGUUUAGAUUUUGAUUCACCAAUGAAGGUGGACAUCCGGCGGGAGGUGACAGAUAUAAGCACUCCGGAGAGGCAGCCGUCCACCGAGCCUCUCUCUGCUCCAGACGUCACCACGCCUAUCAGAACACACUCAUUGAGCAGUAAACAGAAGAAGACUUCUCUGAGCCUGCAGGAUUUCCGACUAAUUGCAGUUCUUGGCAGAGGCCAUUUUGGAAAGGUGCUGCUGGCGGAAUAUAAGAAGUCAGGGAGUAUGUAUGCCAUUAAAGCUCUAAAGAAAGGAGACAUUGUAGCCAGAGAUGAAGUAGAAAGUUUGAUGUGUGAGAAGCGUAUUUUCGAGGCAGUGAACGGUGCACAACACCCCUUCCUUGUCAACCUGUUUGCGUGUUUCCAGACUCCAGAACAUGUGUGUUUUGUGAUGGAGUACACAGCAGGCGGUGACCUCAUGAUGCACAUACAUGCAGACGUCUUCACCGAGCCACGGGCUGUGUUUUAUUCUGCUUGUGUAGUUUUAGGGCUUCAGUUUUUACAUGACAACAAGAUUGUGUACCGAGAUCUUAAAUUAGACAACUUGCUGCUUGACACAGAGGGUUAUGUGAAGAUUGCCGACUUUGGAUUGUGUAAAGAAGGUAUGGGUUUUGGGGACCGGACCAGUACGUUCUGCGGGACUCCAGAGUUUCUGGCUCCAGAGGUUUUGACAGACACAUCGUACACCCGUGCUGUGGACUGGUGGGGUCUCGGAGUGCUUAUAUAUGAAAUGUUGGUGGGAGAGUCCCCAUUCCCAGGUGAUGACGAAGAGGAAGUUUUUGACAGCAUAGUGAAUGAUGAAGUUCGAUACCCCAGGUUCCUGUCCGCAGAGGCCAUUGGCAUCAUGAGGAGGUUACUAAGGAGAAAUCCAGAAAGACGACUGGGCUCCAGUGAGAAAGAUGCAGAAGAUGUAAAGAAACAGCCUUUCUUCAGGAAUAUGGACUGGGAGGCUCUUCUCCUCCGCAAACUCCCUCCUCCUUUUAUUCCAUCCAUCGGAGGAAAAGAAGACGUCAGCAACUUUGAUGAGGAGUUCACGACAGAAGCGCCGACUCUCACUCCUCCCCGCGAGCCUCGAGUGCUUUCGCGCAAAGAUCAGGACAGUUUCCGGGACUUCGACUAUGUGUCUGACCUCUGCUGAGAGCGGCUUCACUGUGAUCGUGCUUAUAGAGACAUUUCUCCUCCGUGACCAGGAGGACAAGAGUGGCCAAUUUGAGUGUGUGAAUUGUGAAUGUGCUGGACCUGAGAAACACUGUGAUGGAGGAAAAGGUCUGGAAUACAGUUAGAAAUGGAUCAAAGAUGGAAAUAGUUAGUUGGUGGCAGAUUUAAAGGUGCACUUGAUAAAUCACACUGACGGCUAGUGGUAUGGUUGAAUCACACUGAAGAAUUCAAUUAGCCGACUGUAUUGACCUUAUUCUUCAGUGCGAUUGUUUUAGAACAGGGUUUUUGCCCAAACUAGGUCCUGGACGUCCGGUGUAUUACAGGCAUCAACUUGCCUCAGCCCACCUGCACGGAUGUUUCUAGAAAGCCUAGUAAAGCUUGAUUAGAUAACACAGGUGUGUCUGAUUGGAGCUGGAAUUAAACCUUGAAGGACACUGGCCCUCCAGGACUCUGGUUGCGUCCGAAAUU